AUGGGGUCGGAGCGCAGGCUGGAGAGGAAGUUGCGUCGGAAGGAGGAGAAGAAGGGGCUUGUCGAUGGCACGGAGAUCUCCAGCAAGGGCAAAGCACAGCGUGUGAUGCCGAUCGGAGAGCUGCCAUCCCGUCAGAAACCCAAGACCAACAAGUCCCCGCGCAAGAAGAAGAAGAAGCCCGAGGAGGAGCUGGAGGCCGAGCCAGUGGAAUUCCGCGUCAACGGCAUUCUGGUGGAUCGAGAUGUGAAAGGAGGCGCCAAGAAGAACUGGAUGGGCGUCUACAUGGUGCUCUUCCGGACCAGCACGCCCAUGGGCCAGCGCGUGGCCUUUAUACUCAUCGCGUUGGUGACGAUCAGCGUUACGGUCGCUGUGAUGGAUAGCGUCAAGGAAAUUCGAGACCAGAUCGGCGACUAUCUGCUGGCGAUAGAGCUCGGCUUCACGAUCCUGUUCACGAUUGAGUACGGACUUCGCGUCGCAUGCCUUCGCAAGCCUGGCAAGUUCAUCUUCAGCUUGUUGGGCUUCGUGGACAUGUGCGCGCUUGUGCCGUCGUACGUGGGCUAUAUCUUCCCGGAAGCUCGGCCGCUGCUGCACUUGGCCGUGCUGCGGAUCUUCCGCGUGAUGCGCGUGUUUCGACUGAUGCGCCUCGCUCGCUUCGUGGACGCCAGCGCUGCGCUGACCGACAACAUCGAGACGAAUCGACGGAACAUUGCCGUCUUCCUGGUCGCAUUGUUCACGAUCAUCUUGGUGAUCGGAUCGGCGAUGUACCUCAUUGAAGGGGAUCGCCAAUUCGGUAACAUUCCGGUGAGUCUUUACUGGACGGUGGUGACGAUCACGACGGUGGGGUACGGAGAUAUCUCCCCUCAGACGAUCGUGGGGCGGAUCCUAGCCACCAUUGUCAUGUUUGUCGGCUACGGAAUCAUCGCCAGUCCGACGCUGCUGAGCGCCCCACCGGCUGCACCAGCCACCUCGGAGAUCGUCGAUUGCCCCAAGUGCACGAAGCGCCAAUUUUUGCUGCAUGUGCGCUGA